CUCUUACACAUGCUUUCUUUUCUGCUUUCUCCUGUCAGUGUUUUAAAAAUAUUUACUCAGUAGAUAUUUGAAGGACCCACUCUGUUAUAGGAAUUAUUUUAGGUAUUGAGGAUAGUUUGUAAACAAGAGAAACCAACUCCCUUCCCUUCGAUGCCUACAUUCCAUUAAAACAAAAUCUGUAAUGACUAUUACUUCGAACAAAAUAAAUUGCCAUGUCAUAAAUGUACCUAACUUCAAGUCAGGAGACUAAUGGCAAUUUCUAAGGAGUCCUGAGCUCAGAAAUGCCACUAAUUUUAGCAAACAUUGGUGGAUCUUUCCUGCAGCAGUUAUUACUGUGGAGUUCUAGUGAUGAUUUUCUGUUUUCCUUAUUCCAUCUAUAAUUAUUUAUUGGUAUCUUUUAUAAGGAAGAUUUGUUCUUCUCCCUCAUUUAUUUAUUAAAUCACUUAAACUCUGGGUUCAUGGAUAUUUCAUUCUUUGGGUUAUAAUCCAUUAUCAUGAUUUGUUGCUCAAAUUGUCCUCCAGCUUUGACCAUUAGGAGCUCUUACAAGUUGACUACUGUGUCCCUUUGACCUGCCUCCAUCCUUUUUCUAGGUUUACAGUAUUAUAGUCUAUUGAAUUAUAAAGAUCCUAAGGGGCAUAAUAAUAUCUCCUUGACUAACACCUGUAUGAAUUAUCUUAUAGAACUAGCUGAUGCUAAGUUAGAGAAGCCCUUAGAGACUAUAUAAUUCAACCACCUACCUCCUACCUUUCCUUUUUUUUUUGGAGAUAGAGUCUCACUCUGUCACCCAGGCUGGAGUACAGUGGCGUGAUCUUGGCUUCUUGCAACCUCUGCUUCCCAAGUUCAAGCAAUUCUCCUGGCUCAGCCUCCUGAGUAGUUGAGAUUACAUGCACGUGCCACCACACCCAGCUGAUUUUGUAUUUUUAGUAGAGACAGGAUUUCACCAUGUUGGUCAGGCUGGUCUCAAACUCUUGACCUCAAGUGAUCUGCCUGGCUUGGCCUCCCAAAGUGCUGGGAUUACAGGCAUGAGCCACUGCACCUGGCCCCCUACUUUAGCUUAAAUCUUCAUUAAUUAUCACCCUUCCAUUUAGUUCUGUUUUAUAAUAAUAGAGGAGGACUUAUAAGAUACCAUAUUCUAUUUUUGUAAUGGAAUUUACAAUUUGUUAUAUAUUGAGUCAAAAGUUAUCUUUACAUAACUCUUUAACUAUUUAAAGAUAACUUUUAAAUUGGUGUCAACAGCAUUGAAUAAAUAUAACUGGAGCCUUUACCAUUUUUCAUAUGAUACGGUUUCAGAUUUCUCCCACUAUCCUGGUAAUUCUCUAAGUUCUAGUUUAUUAUUUAUUAUAUAGCACAAGAAUUAAAUACAAGAGGUGAUCAGAUAUACUGUGAAAGAGUACCACUUCCCUUGUUCUGGAUGCUUUUUUUUUUUAAUGCUGCCAAAUACUACUUUAGUUAUUUUGACAACCACAUAUCACUGAUUGACUUUAUGUCACUAAAACCUUAAAUUGUCAGCAGGUAGUGCUGUAAACCACUCUUAAGACAUUUUUCCUAUAGAACUCUAUCUUGUUAGAUUUUAGUUUAUUGAUUCAUCUUGUCUAGCUAAAGCUGAAUCUUGAUUUUCAUUCAGUAUAUUUCUCCUGUAUCUUAAAUGUUAUAUAUGUUAUCACCAAAAAUAGCCUCAUGCUAGUCAUGAAGAACACAAACAGAGGAACCCAGUGUUAAUCAGUGCAACUUAAUAGUCUAACAGGAUAGAAAAGAAUAAUUUCCAAAACAAUAACAUAGAUAGUACAUGUUUAUGUGAGAAAUGUGAACAAGUUGAAAUGUGAACUAAAAAGACAUGUCCCAGUAAAAUUCCCUAAAAGGAGGUUUGUAAUAGUGCAGGGCAGGGAAGGGGAAGGUAAGUAGAAUAGCAGAGAGAAACUCUCCUUUAUUGUGUGAAAAUAAUGAGAUGUAUCACAUUUUUAUUUUACUCCCUAAUUUCAGUUCUAGGUAAAAAAUGAUCUAGUGAUUCAGCAAGUAGUUUGUUACAUGGGAUUUAAAAUUUUUCAUUUAACUACAAAUGAUCGCAUGAGAAUAUAAGCAUCAAAGGCGGAAUCCUGAAUGUAUCCAGUAUAUAUAGGAAAUAUGGCUUCAACUGUAUUGGAUGAUUUUAUCUCAAGUUGAAUGUUGGCCUCACAGAAGCUGUUUAUAGUAUUUAAUUUUUUCAAAAUCUGAAAUAUCAUAAUUAGAAAAAUAAAAAUAUUUGGGUUUUAUUUUCAGCAUAGUAAUUUAUUUCAUUUCUUGACUAAUUAUUUAAGCCCUUGAUAAACAAUGGUUAUGGAGUAACUUACAUGUAGCUCUCAAGUUCUAAAUAAUGUUAAGUUUAGCAGAUAAGGCAGUUUAUCACUGUGUUCUUUCACUCUGAUUGCAUAAGUAUGUGUUGAUAAAAUAGUCUUAAAUACAAGGACUAUCGUAAAUAAGCCAUUUCAUUAACAUUGUAAAAUGAAUAGUUUUAAGAUAUAAAGUAUGAAAGGAAUUUUACAGUAUAUAAAUUUUCUGCAGUUACAAAUUUUUAUUGACAGUCUUAUUUUGAAAACCCCGGAAUGUUUAAAUAUUCUGCAUUUAUGUUGACCAUAUUACCAAGAUGCUAAAACAUGCAUCAUUUUCUUCAUUUUAUAAUUUUUAUAGUGGGAACAGAGAAGCCAGAUGAUUUAUUAGUUAUUGCUGGUGAAAAUACAGAGACCCUUUGAAACAUUUGUCCCUCCUAGAAUUCUCAUGAAACCAUAUGCUUCUAUCACGGCCCUUAACAGUCAUGGGGAGUAUGUGGGAACGAUAGAGACUUAUCCUGUCCCUUUCCUGCCAAAACCACAGAUAGACCCACACACUUGAAAAAUAAGGAAAUAAGAUCAUCUGAGUAUGGAGAUUCCUCAAAAAUUAAAAUUAGAUGAUCCAGCAAUUUCGAUUCUGGAUGUAUACCCAAAAGAAGUGAAAGCAGGAACUUGGACAGAUACUUGUAAAUCUAUGUUCACAGCAGCAAUUCACAAUAGCCAGAAGGUGGAGGCAAUCCAAGUGCCCAUCAAGGGAUGAAUGGUUAAAAGAAAUGGUUAAAAUAUACACACAUUGGAAUAUUAUUCAGCUUUAAAAAGGAAGAAAAUUCUGAUACAUAUGACAUCCUGGAUGACUCUUGAAGACAUUAUGAUAUGUGAAAUAAGCCAGUCACAAAAUGGCAAAUAUUGUGUUAUCCCACUUUUAUGAACUACUUAAUCAAAUUCAAAGACAAAGUAGAAUGUGGUUGCCAAGGGCUGGAGGGCAGAAGUAUUGGGAGCUUAUUGGUUUUUUUUGGUUUUGAGACAAUCUCCCUCUGUUGCCCAGGCUGGAGUGCAGUGGUGCAAUCUCAGCUCACUGCAACCUCUGCCUCCUGGGUUCAAGUGAUUCUCAUGCCUCAGCCUCCUGAGUAGCUGGGACUACAGGCAUUCAUUACCACACAUGGCUAAUUUUUGUAUUUUUAGUCGAGACAGCCAUCAUGUUGGCCAGGUUGGUCUGAAACUCCUGACCUCAGGUAAUCGGCCAACCUCAGCCUCCCAGAGUGCUGGGAUUACAGGCGUGAGCAAACUGUGCCUGGCCAGAAGCUUAUUGUUUAAUGGGUACAGAAUUUCAGUUUGGAUGAAAAAGUUCUGGAGCCAGAUGGCAGUGAUGGUUGUGUAGGAAUGUGAAUGUACUUAGUUUCUUUUAACUUAAAAAUGGUUAAAAUGUCUUUAUUCUGAGAUUGCUAGUAACAGGUAAAAAAAAAAAUGGUUAAAAUGGUAAAUUGUUAGGUAAAUUCUACCACAAUAAAGUUCAGGAAAGUUAAUUUGUGAAAUAAGCAUAACACUCAGCAAACAAAAACUGAAGUAUCUUCCAAAGACCUGAUUGACAGUAUUACUACUAAUGAAAGAAUGUUCCACAUCAAAAGAUACGGGUCAGCAAAGAAAAUUUAAAAGGAGAAAAAAUGGCAGUGUAUUUUUAGCACUAUCCAACUCAAAGAAUGUAAGACAUGUAUGUGACUCAAGUGGAUAGGGCCGCAGCAGGCUUGAAAUAUUAGCCGUUAAAAGCACCAAACUCAUUUCUAUCGUUUCCAUUCCAUAUUUACCAAGCAAUCUUCUGAUUAUAAUUUGGAUUUAGCCUUCAUUGCAAUUUGGUCAAUAGAAGGAAGAUAACCAGCAAACUCAACUAUCCUAGCUCCCCCAUAAUUGCAUUUCUCAUAAAUAAUUACAUUAGUAUUAAUGGCUUUCACACAGUAUUAUAUUAGCAAUUUGUGGUGUGUAACUGAGUACUCCCAAGUCCAGUCACUUCCAGACCUGAUAAACCAAUUUCAAGCCUAUAUAAAAAAAAAAUCAGAUACUGAAACUUAAGGAAUCACAUUGUGGACCUGCCAGACUGCAUACAUCUGUGGCAAGCUGACGUGGCUUUCCCCAAGCGAUACCCCUCUCAGAAUGCACUUUCCAUAUGUAUUUCCAUACAAUUCUGUAUUGCCUUUUGUCUUCUGCCUAUAGACGUAGAUCCUUGAGAACAGAGAAUCGACCUUAUCCAUAUCGCUAGCAACUAAUAAAGUUCCUAUCACAAAGAAAUGAACCCGAUAAAAAUGUAAUAAAUCAAAAUAAAACCUAAUGUAGUAGGACAUAAUUAGGAAAUAAAUAUUGAAAAUAAGAUUCUUCUAUGUUUUAAUACAUAUUUAGAUAUUAAAAUUUCCUUGAAGGCUACGAUAGACACACAAUAUCUGAGACAAAAUGAGCAUAUCUAGAUUGAGCUGGAACUCUUGAUUUAUAUUGAAAUUACAUAGGCCAUAUUUGUUAGAAUGCCCAUGAGUGGCACUCUAGCCAUAGGAUAUCUACAUAAAGUACAGACAGGCCUCAGAGAGCAUACUUGCCUUUUCCCUAAUAACCCUCUUCUGUGCUACAAUAAAGAACAUAGAAAAUGUAUACCUUCACUUGCUAAAUACAUGGGACUUGUAUAAGUGCCACUUCACAUAUAUUAGGUCAAAGGAAAGAUAAAAUUCCUUUCUAAUGUGCCCUAGAGUUCUGCUGUUUCACAUAAUACAGCAUUUGGACUAAACACUGGCCAAAGAGUGCCUAGAUGAGGAAUCUACCAAUGAUAGCACACACAACAGGAUCUUGCUUGUCUUGACAGCACAGGAGAGUAUUGGGAUACACCUGCUGAACAUAAUUGAAUUGUAAGAAAAAUAAUAAUUGAUGCGAAAGGUUUUUAUAUUCAAACUGGAUUCCAGUGUAUAACAGAAAUAACCUCUGACCUGCCAUAUGUAAUCAAACAAUAUAAUUUUUCUUAAACUUUAGGUUUUAAUUUUUUUUCCUUUUUUUAGGCCAACAAUUCACCCUAAAGAAAAUGUGAGUUAUUUUAUCUUCUAGCAGUUAAGAAAACAGACUCCAUUGCCAGAUGGCCUGACUUCUAAUCCUAGCUCACUUUUCCUAGUUGUGUGACCUCCAAAGCACCCAAACUCACUGGCCCAGUUGUUUGUAAAAUGAGGACAAUAACUACAUUAUGGGAUGGUGAAAAAAUUAAAUUAAUCUACAACAGUGCCUGACUCUACUCUGUGACUUCCCAACAUGUUAUGGGAUUUACUCAUCUUUUAUACCCAGAGCUUCACAACGUGCAAAGUACAGGUAUAUAUGCCAGCCCUGUACAACAGUGCAUUCUAAGAUCCUUGCUUACCGAAAUCUUAAAUACCAGCAGGGGAGAAGAAAGACUCUUGGAAUCAAUCUGUUCAAACAAUGGUAACAAGUUCAUAAGCCAAUAAAAGAAAAAAAAGCAGGUGCAAGACUCUGAAAACAUACCAUGCUGAAUUUCGUGUACAAAGAACAAUAUGAAAAUAGGAUUUUUUAAGCUUAGUGUUUGCAACUUGAUGUGUCGUCAGACAAACCUGUAAUCGGUCUCCGCUGGAUCAGUCACUAGCUGUGUAAGUCUACGGAACUCCCAUCACCUGCAAAUCUGAAGAAAAAUGCAUGCGGGCACGCAGGACGUUUUGGGCAAAGACGGCCUUUAAGCUUUUGUUUUUACUAAGAAUGCCGCUCUAGUGAAACAGCAGCCAGUUCUGAAGGGACCCGGCACGGCGUUGAUGUUAUCACUUCAGAGCGCCAGGUUCGGGCUUCCACCUAUUCCAGGAGCAGCAAUAGGGGCAGUCGACAGUCUUUACUAGGGAAAGGAGACAAGUGCUAGCACCUGCUCCCCAAGAGGACGGAAUUAUCUAUAGAGUAAGUAUUAAUCUUGAAUAAGACAGCAGGAGUUUUUAAACCAUCAAAAAGGAAAGUUUAUGAAUUUUUAAGAAGUUUUAAUUUUCAUCCUGGAACACCAUUUCUUCAUAAAAUAGUAUUGGGAAUUGAAACCAGUUGUGAUGAUACAGCAGCUGCUGUGGUGGAUGAAACUGGAAAUGUGUUGGGAGAAGCAAUACAUUCCCAAACUGAAGUUCAUUUAAAGUGGAAUUAUUCCUCCAGUAGCUCAACAGCUUCACAGAGAAAAUAUUCAACGAACAGUACAGGAAAUUCUUUCUGCCAGUAGUAUCUCUCCAAGUGACCUCUCAGCAAUUGCAACUACCAUAAAACCAGGACUUGCUUUAAGCCUGGGAGUGGGCUUAUCAUUUAGCUUACAGCUGGUAGGACAGUUAAAAAAGCCAUUCAUUCCCAUUCAUCAUAUGGAGGCUCAUGCACUUACUAUUACAUUGACCAAUAAAGUAGAAUUUCCUUUUUUCGUUCUUUUGAUUUCUGGAGGUCACUGUCUGCUGGCAUUAGUUCAAGGAGUUUCGGAUUUUCUGCUUCUUGGAAAGUCUUUGGACAUAGCACCAGGUGACAUGCUUGACAAGGUGGCAAGAAGACUUUCUUUAAUCAAACAUCCAGAGUGCUCCAUCAUGAGUGGUGGGAAAGCCAUAGAACAUUUGGCCAAACAAGGAAACAGAUUUCAUUUUGACACCACACCUCCCUUGCAAUGUGCUAAAAAUUGUGAUUUUUCUUUUACUGGACUUCAACACCUUCUUAAUAAAAUAAUAAUACAAAAGGAAAAAGAGGAAGGUAUUGAGCAGGGACAAAUCCUGUCUUCAGCUGCAGACAUUGCUGCCGCAGUACAGCACAUAACAGCAUGUCAUAUUGUGAAAAGAACACAUCGAGCUAUUCUGUUUUGUAAGCAGAGAAACUUGUUACCUCAAAAUAAUACAGUACUGGUUGCAUCUGGAGGUGUUGCAAGUAACUUCUAUAUCCACGGAGCUCUGGAAAUUUUAACAAACGCAACACAGUGCACUUUGUUGUGUCCUCCUCCCAGACUGUGCACUGAUAAUGGCAUUAUGAUUGCAUGGAACGGUAUUGAAAGAUUACGUGCUGGCGUGGGCAUCUUACAUGACAUAGAAGACAUCCGCUAUGAACCAAAAUGUCCUCUUGGAGUAGACAUAUCAAAAGAAGUUGAAGAAGCUGCCAUAAAAGUACCACGAUUAAAAAUGAACCUAUGAUUUUUGCUGUUCAAAAAAAUCCCUACAGACAGCAUCUUGCUAUGUUGCCCAGACUGGACUAAAACUCUAGGCCUCACGUAAUCCUCCAACUUCAGCCUCCAAGGGCCAGCUUCUCACACAUCAUUUUAAAAAAGUAAAAAAUGUAGAGUAAUAAAAAUAAUCUUUAUGGGGGGGCAUUGUACUUUAGGAGAAAGAAAUAGUAUAUAUUUUAGGAGUGGUAAGAUGGUCUGGCUAGGCCAAGAUACUGAGGAAAUUCCUGGAAUUGAAUGCAAAGAAACUCUGAUAACCUGAAAAUAGUUCUAAAAUACAGUCUUCAGCAUACCUGAAACCAGUUUCAGAGCUCAAAAGUUGCUCUCUAAAGGCUUUAAAAAAUAUCUAUAGAAGCUUAAUAUGUCCAUUCUUAUGAAUUCUUAUCCUUAAUGGUGCUGGAUAACACAGUUUAUCAUUCGAAUAUGUAUUGAUUUCUAGUACGAAAUAUACAAUUUCCCUCCACAUUUUCUAUUAAUUUAGUUGAUCUACCAGAAAGUUGUGACUCAGCACCAUUAAGAUAAUUUAGAAUUAAAUAUGAAAUUAAAGAGGUCUCUUACUUUUCAGUGGUUAAGAACACAAGCUUUGGGCCAGGCAUGGUAGCUCAUACUCGUCAUCCUAGCUUUGGGAGGCCAAUGAAGGAGAAUCGCUUGAGACCCAGGAAUUUGAGACCAGUCUGGGCAUCUCACCUCAGCCUCCUGAGUAGCUAGGGCUCCUGGCCUGUACCACCACACUCAGCAUAACAGAGACUGAGGACCUGUAGCCCUAGCCACUCAGGAGGCUGAGGUGAGAUGAUUGCUUUGAACCCAGGAGUUUAAGGCUGCAGUUAGCUGUGAUUGCACUAUUGCCCUCCAGCCUGGGUAACAGAGCAAGACCCUUUCUCCAAAAAAUAAAUAAAUAAUCAUUCAUUCACUCACUGGCUCUGGACUGUGCCACAUAGAAAGCCCUAAGUACAUAUUGGGGAAAAUAACUGCUGAUUAAUAUAUGCUUACAAUCUAACUGCAGCCCAGGUAGAGAAUGGAUUAUAGCAAGACCCUCAGACUGUAUGGAGGCAAUUGAGCAAGUGGAUGGAGAAAAGGGGAGCUUUAAAGUACACAGCGAAGCAGAGCCCAGUGGCUCACACCUGUAAUCCCAGCACUUUGACAGGCCAAGGCAGGUGGAUCACCUCAGGUCAGGAGUUCAAGACCAGCCUGGCCAACAUGGUGAAACCUCAUCUCUACUACAAAUACAAAAAUGAGCCGGGGGUGGUGGUAGGCACCUGCAAUCCCAGCUACUCAAGAGGCUGGGGCAGGAGAAUUGCCUGAACCCAGGAAGCAGAGAUCCUACUUAUCUUUACAGAAAUCCUACUUAUUUUUUGAAACCGUAACUCUGACCUGUUACUAAAUUCCAUAGACAUGCUAAGGAAAAUCUGCUUAGUAUCGAGAUCAAGAACUUCUAUUCAAAAAGAUUAUUCAGUUGUGUUAUUUGCAUAUUACCAUAAUUAAAAAUAAAAAAAUUUUUUAAA